CAAUUCGACUGGAAUUCAAAUUUUAAUCAUUCCUAAACUUUGUACUUCCAAGGAUGCCUGUCAAGAUAUUUCUGCUUCGUCUGUUGAAACAUUAAUUGUCAUAUUUUCGAAACUCUAUAUG